CGGCAAGUUUAGAAACAGCUCCUCCUCCUCCUCUGUUCUUCUUCCUCCUUUCUUUAUCAACUGCUUCAGCUCAAUUCAAAUCUCUCUCUCUCUCUCUCUCUGAUUAUUGUAUUAUAAUGCCUGGCCUGGUUUCAGUGAAGACGCCUCAUGAAGCUCCUGAGCUUCGGAUUGACGUUCCCGUAAGCAAUCAGAUCCAGAACAGUACAGAUCGACCUGAGAUCGUCAAACCUAAAACGACGUCGCCGGCACCAAGACGGCUUUCUUCUCCGUCUCCUUUGAUUUCCCGCGCCAAGCCGUCGCCAGAUCGAGCUUCUGGUAAGAAGAAGUCGCCGGAAAAGCCUCUCGUUGACGAAUCCUCGCUGGAUAAUCCCGAUCUCGGUCCAUUCCUCUUGAAGCUCGCGCGUGACACUAUCGCAUCAGGCGACGGUCCAACUAAGGCGCUCGAGUACGCACUCAGAGCUUCCAAAUCGUUCGAGAGGUGCGCUGUCGAUGGAGAACCGAGUUUGGAUCUCGCAAUGAGCUUGCACGUUGUCGCAGCGAUCUACUGUAGCUUAGGGAGGUUUGAGGACGCGAUUCCGGUGCUCGAGAUAGCGAUUAAAGUGCCGGAUGUCUCUAGAGGUACGAAUCACGCUUUAGCAGCAUUCUCAGGGUAUAUGCAACUCGGCGAUACUCACUCGAUGCUAGGGCAGCUGGAUCAGUCCAUAGAGUGUUACAAAGUUGGAUUGAAAAUUCAGUCGGAGGCCCUCGGCGAGACGGAUCCGAGAGUCGCUGAAACUUGCAGGUACUUGGCAGAAGCUCAUGUUCAAGCAAUGCAAUUCAAUGAAGCGGAAAUCUUAUGCAAGAGAACUCUCAGCAUACAUCAAAUCCAUAGUGCACCUGCAUCACUUGAAGAAGCUGCUGACAGAAGAUUAAUGGCCCUUAUAUACGAAGCAAAAGGAGAUUACGAAGCAGCUCUUGAGCACCUCGUUCUCGCAAGCAUGGCAAUGAUUGCAAACAACCAAGAGAAUGAAGUCGCUUCAAUUGAUGUCAGCAUUGGUAAUAUAUACAUGUCCCUGUCUCGUUUCGACGAAGCAAUCUUCUCCUAUCAGAAAGCCCUGGCUGUUUUCAAAUCAUUAAAAGGCGACAACCACCCUUCAGUUGCCUCUGUUUUCGUUCGAUUAGCUGAUCUAUACUACAGAACAGGCAAGCUUCGAGAAUCCAGAACCUAUUGUGAAAACGCAUCAAGAAUAUAUGCAAAACCAGUUCCUGGAACCACUUCUGAAGAAAUUGCAAGUGGAAUUUCAGAAAUUUCUGCCAUCUACGAAUCUUUUAAUGAACCUGAUGAGGCAAUCAAGCUAUUGCAGAAGGCAAUGAAAUUGUUGGAGGAUAAACCAGGGCAACAAGUAACAGUUGCUGGUAUACAAGCAAGAAUGGGUGUUAUGUUUUAUGUAGUUGGACGUUAUGAAGAAUCAUGGAGCUAUUUCUCCAGUUCUGUGGCGAAACUUAGAGCCAAUGGAGAAAGGAAAUCUGCAUUUUUUGGAGUUUUACUUAAUCAGAUGGGUUUGGCCUGUGUACAGCUAUUCAAGAUAGACGAAGCUGUUGAAUUGUUUGAAGAAGCAAGAGAAAUACUCGAGCAGGAACGUGGAACUUGCGAUCAAGAUACCAUUGGAUUGUAUAGUAACCUUGCUGCCACUUAUGAUGCUAUGGGAAGAGUAGAUGAAGCAGUUGAGAUACUGGAAACUGUAGUGAAGCUAAGAGAAGAGAAGCUGGGAACAGCAAAUCCAGAUUUCGACAAUGAGAAGAAGAGAUUAGUUGAGCUUCUGAAAGAGGCUGGCAGGUCUCGUAAGAAGAAACCCAAGUCACUAGGAAAACUUAUGGAUCCAAACGCGAGGAAGGCAAAGAAAUGGUCUGCGUUUGGUUUCAGGAAUUGAGAUGAUCGAUGUAAACACGUGUAGAUAUAUAUUACUCAUUUCAUCAUGCAAUGAUUUGAGUUUGUUUUCUAUUGUGAUCAUGGAGAAGAUGCUUUAAUUGUUUGUUAUUGCUGUAUUGCUGUUUGAGAAGGUUCAAUAUAAUGGUCUGCUUUUUAAUUUUC